AUGCUCGGAAUACUUGCUUUGCGCAGAAGUGUAGUCAACGAUGCAGUCUACGACGACGACGACAACUGGGGUCUUAAGCUUUCAUACCACUCACCAUGGGGUGUCUUUUCUAUUGGUUAUGAUCGCAACGAAGACGACGACAACCUCCACUGGCGCUGGGGUCCAGUUGAUUUCGACUUAGAACUCAACGAAGAAGAAGAAGAACAAGACGACGACAACUGGGGUCUUAAGCUUUCAUACCACUCACCAUGGGGUGUCUUUUCUAUUGGCUAUGAUCGCAACGAAGACGACGACAACCUCCACUGGCGCUGGGGUCCAGUUGAUUUCGACUUAGAACUCAACGAAGAGAAAAAACAAGAUGAUAAGUACAAAUUUGGAUUGAGACAAACUAGCAGAAAAUUACCUCUUUCAUUAAGACUUCCACAUGGAAAGAAACCAACAUUCAGACCGUGGAUACAACCUAUCCCUUACCGCCCAACUUUCUAUCCAAAGUUUCCACCAGUUAAACUUUCCCGCGGCAAAAAACCACAAUCAAAUAUUAACCAAGACAUCAUAAAGUACAUCACGCAGCAAAUAAUAAAGCAAAAGACACCAGGUAUCGGAACACCUAUUACUGAUGAUAUUCAUCCUUGGUUUUGA